CCGAGUCUAAUCUGAUUGCUUGGGUGAGCACCAGCAGCGAAGCCGGUGGGAGGGGAACGAAGCUGGGGCAAGAGUUCCUUUCCCACGAGACUCACCCCCAGCUCGUGAGCCUUGAACUAGGAGCCGUGAUGCUGGGGCAGCAGCUUCUGAUCAUGAAGAAGAAAGCGAAGGCUUGGAGGGGAGGCUUGGAUCCUUGGCUCUGAGCCACGUGUUGUGUGUAGCACUCAAAGCCAGGAGAGAUGUAUUUUCCAUAAAUAACUCUUGCUCACACAUACUGUGCCAUGGGCUUAAGGCCUCUUGAGACAGGGAUGGUUUUGUUUUGAGAUAAUCUCUCCGUGUGUGUGAGUGACACGACUGAUUUUUUUUUUUUGGGGGGUGGGAAAUGGAAGACUAUACAACUAGAACCUAUGGCACAGGUGGACUGGACAACAGACCUCUCUUUGGAGAAACUUCAGCCAGGGAUCGAAUCAUCAACUUAGCUGUUGGUAGCUUAACAUCCUUGCUGCUUAUAGUCACUCUGAUCAGUGCUUUUAUCUUUCCUCAACUACCUCCAAAACCAGUGAAUAUAUUUUUUGCUUUCUGCAUAUCCUUGUGUAGUGUUUCUGCUGGCAUACUUAUCUACUGGUAUCGACAAGGAGACUUGGAACCUAAGUUUAGGAAUCUAAUUUACUAUAUCUUAUUUUCUAUUGUCAUGUUAUGUAUAUGUGCCAACCUGUACUUCCAUGAAGUGGGUAAAUGAUU